CUAACGUUGCUCAAGAGUCAAGACUCGGAGAGAAACUGCCGUUUCACGUUUGUACGACUGGGUAGUUCGAUUUGAUAGACACGGUCAGAGAGAGAGAGAUUGCUCCUCCAGAAUCCCCACCCCAAUCCCCAUAUUUGAAUCAGUUUUAACCGGUGAAUUCCUAUCGAUAGGAAAAAGAAGAAUGGCUGCAGCACGAAUUCGACCAAGGAUUCCUCAUUUCUUCCAGUUCAUUCACCGGUUGUCUCACUCUCAAGAAAUCUCGAUGCCGGCAGCUUUCCUCAGGUACUUAACUGCGGACAAGUGUGAAAAAGGCGAAGCGGUGUUGAGGAGCCGCCUUGGGGAAACUUGGCGUGUUAAGCUCAAUGGGCUGCGUUUUCAACAGGGUUGGGAGGAUUUCGCCCGGCACCAUGAUCUGCGCGUAGGAGAUUUCUUGGUGUUCAGGCAUGGUGGAGGGUUGGUCUUUGAUGUUUUGGUGUUCGACACUAGUAUGUGUGAGAGGGAGUACCCACUACUGUCACACGUUAAACAGGAAGAUCAUACUGAUGAGGAGAUGGAAGAAACAAGAAUGAAAGAGGAAGCUGCUAAGGAUAUCCAAAGUAAACAGAAGGCUACGAGAAUUCCUAUUUCCUCCAAAGCACAGAAGAAAAUUGCCUAUUCCGCGACAAAGCACCCCUUUUUUGUGGCUAAAGUCACACCAUAUUCUCUUAAGAAGCAGAUGGCAUGUUCUCUCUCUCUCUCUCUCUCUCGCUCUCUGAUUUCAAAACCUAUGUUUGACAGAAGAGAGCUCCAUUUUUAUAAACACUUUGACCAGCAUUCCACUCCAAAGAAAGAUAAAGUAAGAAAAUUGAUAGUUUCACCAGAUGGAGAGGCCCAUAGGCCAAAAGAAUCAACCACUAUAAUGAAUGGGGUUAUUCAUUGUUGUGGGGCUUACUCACGAACAUGGUCACAUAAUACUUUUGGCGAGAAAAGGUUUGGAUUAAGCUUUACUGCCCUUGUGGGUUUUUUAAUUAGAAUUGGUUGGAUGCAGGCCAUUCCGUUGGCUUUUGCUAGAUCGAAAGCUUUAAGAAAUUGUAGCCAGGUGACAAUCAAAGAUGAAAGCGGGAGGUCAUGGCCGGUGAAAGUAAAUCGAAAGAGUAAUGGCCGGGCUUACUUUGGAGCCGGUUGGGUUGGCUUUUCAGCUGCUAACGGCUUGAAGAAAGGCGACGUCUGUGCUUUUGAGCUUACCUCCGGUGGAAAGCUUGGGGUAAUGGAAUUCCACUUGCUUUAAAUUUUCAACAUGAAAUUAUUGUUGUAUUAACUUUUGGAGUUUGGAGUGGUAUGAGCUAUGAAGAAGAAAAAAACGUUGGUGUAUGUGGUUGACUGGCUAGGAAUAGGAUUAUAUAUAGUUUUCUGGUACCUGUUGAUGAUC